UAUAAAAGCAGUGACACCUUUAAGUCCAAUCAAGGCCACAGAGAGAUUCGAGGAAACUUAAGAGGAAAAGAGAUCUGUUCGUUUUUUAUUUAGUGAACUCUCUGUAUGUGCAGUGGAUGCACACUGUACUUAUGGAAAAACAAAGUGUACACUUUUUAGUUUGUGGAGCCACUCGCACCUGUUAACCUGUCAGACAUGAAUGAUUCACUGAAUUUCAAUGUCACAGAAGUGCGCCUCGACUAUCGCUCUCUCAUCACUUCGGCCACUAUGUUUGGCGUCGGAGUCCUCGGAAACCUCGUGGCGAUCGUGGUGCUUUGCAUCUCCAAGAAGGAGCAGAAGGAGACCACCUUUUACACUCUGGUGUGCGGGAUGGCCAUCACGGACCUGCUGGGCACCUGUUUCACCAGUCCGGUGGUCAUCGCCACAUAUAUCGCGGGAAGGUGGCCGGGCGGAGCGCUCCUAUGCCAUUUCUUCUCCUUCUCCAUGCUGUUCUUCGGCUCGGCUGGGAUGUCUAUUCUGUGCGCCAUGUCAGUGGAGAGAUAUCUGGCCAUAAACCACGCGUACUUCUACUCUCAGCAUGUGGACAGAGCCAUGGCUCGGUUCGCGCUGAUGGCGACGUAUCUGGCCAAUAUCGUGUUGUGCAUCAUGCCCAGUUUUGGUUUCGGAAAACACAAGAGACACUUUCCCGGAACUUGGUGCUUCUUGGACUGGCGCGCCAUGGACCCCGUUGGCGCAUCGUACACGUUUCUGUACGGAGGUUUCAUGCUGCUGUUGAUCGCCAUCACCGUCCUGUGUAAUUUCGCUGUGUGCCGUUCUCUGGUCGGGAUGAGUAAAAUGAGUCGCAUGGUGAGGGCAGAGGUAUCCGGGCACACAGGAUCCAGGCGCAGAUUCAAAUUAACAUCUGCAGCGGAGAUCCAGAUGUUCUGGUUGUUAAUUUUCAUGACCAUCGUGUUCCUGAUAUGCUCCAUUCCUUUAGUGGUGAGUUAUUCAGUCCUACUUCGUGUAGUGGUCAGUGAGUGUUCAUAUUAUUUGUUCUUUGUUUAUUACAUAUUAUUUAUGAAUAAGCGCUAUUCCAGUGGAGCUUGUUCAUUAAAUCCUGCCAAUCAUCAAUGCAACAUAACUUACCUCACAACCGUGACAGUUCUUUCGGCACCCAACCACAACCUCAGUUCCACUUUUAUAUAUAGAAAUGAAUUACUAUUUUCAUUAGUCUCGUCAUCAUCAUUAGUUAAUUAUGGCUAUUUAGAGCUCCAGUGGAGUCUCCAAUCAAGCGAAAUCAAAUUUGAUUAUACUGAGGGAUUAUACGAGCAUGUUGAACUUGUGUUAUUGUAUUUGUCGCCUUUUUUGUCUGGAUUUAUUAAUAUUCAAAAGUAUAAUAAGAAUGCACUUCUUACAAAAAAGAAUAGAAUACAUGGGGCUUAA